GAUCAUUAAUUAGGAUCUUUAAAUAGCCUGCAAUUAUACAAAUGUAAAGCCCUUAGAUUAUAUUAUUGGGCUUUUCUCCUAUAGUGGGCUACACUUAGUGAUUACACUUAACACAACUAACCCAGAAAACCAUCCAAUUUGCUCCUUUCUUCGUGCCCUCAACUGAGUUUUCCAGUUUCUUCGAUCAUCACCAACGGCAAAUCGCUUCGGAAUUGAGCAUUUGUAGCACCCCAAAAUCCCCAAUCAAUGGUGCCCUUCUGCUGGGGCACUUAAUCUCGCUCUUUCUUCGUCUCCUCUAAUGAUAUAUGCCAAUUGCUGUUGAACAGACACUUGCCCAGCAGUUCGGAAGCUUCGUUUGAUUUCCCAAAUCAAAUGGGUCGCUCUCAUCUAGGAGAAAAAAGAAUUCCUCUAGUGGAGAUAAUUUGGAAUCUACAACGCCAGGUCAAGGAACGAGUGAAGGGAAAAAGGCAUUAUACCACUGCAAUUAUUGCAUUAAAGACAUUACAGGGAAAAUUCGCAUCAAAUGUGCCAUGUGCCCUGACUUUGAUCUUUGUAUUGAGUGCUUUUCUGUUGGAGCUGAGCUGACACCUCAUAAAAGCAAUCACCCAUACAGGGUUAUGGAUAAUUUAUCUUUCCCACUCAUUUGCCCAGACUGGAAUGCAGAUGAUGAAAUACUACUUCUAGAGGGGAUUGAGAUGUAUGGCUUCUGGAAUUGGACUGAAGUUGCUGAGCAUGUGGGAACGAAGAGUAAAGAACAAUGCAUAGAACAUUAUUCAAGUGUAUAUAUGAACUCCCCAUAUUUUCCUCUACCGGACAUGUCUCAUGUUGUUGGAAAAAAUAGAAAGGAGCUCCUUGCCAUGGCUAAAGGGCAUGGUGAAGACAAGAAAGGGUUUUCAAUGCUUGGAGAGCUUACUUUGAAGGAAGAGUCCCCAUUUUCUCCUUCAAGAGUGAAAGUUGAAGAUACACAUAAAGUAGAUCCUUCUGGCCGUUUAUCAUCAAGCUCUACGUCGGAAGAUGGCAGCUUCAAUAUGGCCGCCACCACCGCUAACAAGAAAGCAUCAAAUACAAAUCAAGUUAAAGAUAGCCUCGUUAAGGUGGAAGAUAUUAAAACAGACCGGAAUUUUAAAGGGAAGAAACCUAAUUUGCCAGCAAAUAAGGGUCCUUCUUUAUUGGAGCUGAGUGGUUACAACGAAAAGCGACAGGAGUUUGAUCCAGAGUAUGAUAAUGAAGCUGAGCAACUGCUAGCGGAAAUGGAAUUUAAGGAUGCUGAUGGUGAGGAUGAGCGUGAGCUGAAAAUGAGAGUGUUGCGUAUAUACUCAAAGAGGCUAGAUGAGAGGAAGCGGAGAAAGGAUUUUAUACUACAAAGAAAUUUACUUUAUCCAAGUCAUUUCGAAAAGGAAUUAUCGGCCGAAGAGAGGGCAAUAUGUCGUCAGUAUGAUGUCUUCAUGCGUUUUCAUUCGAAGGAAGAACAUGAAGAAUUGCUUCAAACAGUCGUUGCAGAGCACCGAACCUUGAAAAGAAUUCAAGAACUUAAGGAAGCAAGAGCUGCUGGCUGCCGUACAGCGAACGAAGCAGAGAUCUUUCUAGAUAAGAAAAGGAAAAGAGAAUCUGAAGAAACCGAUUGUAGAGUGAAAGAAGGUACUCUUACGGGUCCUGGCAGUCAGGGGAAUUCAAUCAUGUUCAUGCCUUCAGAGUCUGCUAGCAAGGAUCCAAAUUCACGACCAGCCAACGAUUUCGAUACAUUGGGAUUCAAUCACGCGGAUUUGCUUUCUGACGCUGAAAAAAGACUCUGCAGUGAAAUCAGACUAACUCCACCUCUUUACCUAAAGAUGGAAGAAGUUUUAUCAGUAGAGAUUUUCAAUGGCAACGUGACCAAGAAAUCUGAUGCCCAUCACUUGUUCAAGAUUGACCCAAUCAAAAUUGACAGAAUCUAUGAGAUGCUCAUAAAAAAGGGGAUUGCUCAGCCUUGAUAUUGUUUCAUUCCAUCCUUCAUCUUCAUUGCUGCUCCAUUUUCCCUUUCUUUUUCUUUUUGUAGCUUAAUUAUUCACCCUUUAUGAAAUGGAAGGGAGGUUAGAAAUUUAGUUAUCUCUUUGAAAUGUGUUAGUAGCUCACCAGUAUUCAUAGUACAAUAGAAUGUAAUAUGAAUAAAUUGUGUUAUAUUUAAGGUUUAAAUCCAAGUCCCUAUAGUCUGUAAACUGUUAGAUAGGGUUUUUUGUUGGAUCUUUCUAAUUUCUUAAUUUUAUACCUAUCUGAGUCAUUGUAAUUAA